GUGGUAGCGGCAUGGCGGGACGGCGAGCCCGGGCCGGGGCCCCAGCGCUGCUCGCGCUGCUGGUUUUGCGGGCACUUGGAACAGCGGCGCACCCGCAGUGCCUGGACUUCAGGCCGCCCUUCCGGCCCCCACAGCCGCGGCCUUUCUGCUCGCAGUACUCGGCCUUCGGCUGCUGCACGCCCGAGCAGGACGCCGCGCUGGCCCGCCGCUUCGGGGCCCUGGCGGCGCGCGUAGACGCCGGCUUGUGGGCCGCGUGCGCCGGCUACGCGCUCGACUUGCUUUGCCAGGAAUGCUCACCCUACGCGGCCCACCUCUAUGACGCCGAGGACCCCUCCACGCCCCUGCGGACGGUGCCCGGGCUCUGCCAGGACUACUGCCUGGACAUGUGGCAGACCUGCCGGGGCCUCUUCCGCCACCUGUCGCCUGACCGCGAGCUCUGGGCGCUGGAGGGCAACCGUGCCAAGUUCUGCCGCUACCUGGCCCUGGAUGACACGGACUACUGCUUCCCACACCUGCUGGUCAGCGAGAACCUCAACUCGAACCUGGGCCGCGUGGUGGCCGACGCCCAGGGCUGCCUGCAGCUCUGCCUGGAGGAGGUGGCCAACGGGCUGCGCAACCCCGUGGCCAUGGUCCACGCCCGGGACGGCACCCACCGCUUCUUCGUGGCCGAGCAGGUGGGGCUGGUGUGGGCCUACCUGCCCGACCGCUCGCGGGUGGCGAAGCCCUUCCUGAACGUCAGCCAGGCCGUGCUCACCUCGCCCUGGCAGGGUGAUGAGCGGGGCUUCCUGGGAUUCGCCUUCCACCCGCGCUUCCGGCACAACGGCAAGCUCUACGUGUACUACUCGGUGGGCGUCGACUUCGACGAGUGGAUCCGCAUCAGCGAGUUCAGGGUCUCGGGGGACGACGCGAACACCGUGGACCACAACUCCGAGAGGAUAAUCCUGGAGAUCAGUGAACCAGCCUCCAACCACAACGGGGGCCAGCUGCUCUUUGGCGACGAUGGGUACCUCUACAUCUUCACCGGAGACGGCGGGAUGGCCGGAGACCCCUUUGGAAAGUUUGGAAAUGCCCAAAACAAGUCGGCGCUGCUGGGCAAGGUGCUGCGCAUCGACGUGGACCGCGGUGAGCAUGGCCUUCUCUACCGCAUCCCACCUGACAACCCGUUUGUGGGCGACCCCGCUGCGCGGCCCGAGGUCUACGCGCUGGGGGUGCGCAACAUGUGGCGCUGCUCCUUCGACCGCGGCGACCCGGUGUCCGGCGCGGGCCGCGGGCGCCUCUUCUGCGGCGACGUGGGCCAGAACAAGUUCGAGGAGGUGGACCUGGUGGAGCGCGGCCGCAACUACGGCUGGCGCGCACGCGAGGGCUUCGAGUGCUACGACCUCAAGCUGUGUGCCAACGCCUCCUUCGAUGACGUGCUGCCCAUAUUCGCCUACCCCCACAAGAUGGGCAAGUCGGUCACUGGGGGCUACGUGUACCGGGGCUGCGAGUACCCCAACCUGAACGGCCUCUACAUUUUCGGCGAUUUCAUGAGCGGGCGUCUGAUGUCCCUCCGAGAAGGCCCGGAGACAGGCCAGUGGCAGUACAGCGAGCUCUGCAUGGGCCGUGGCCAGACCUGCGAGUUCCCAGGCCUCAUCAACAACUACCAUCCACACAUCAUCUCCUUUGCAGAGGACGAGGCUGGGGAGCUGUACUUCUUGUCCACGGCCGUGCCGAGCGCCACGGCGGCACGUGGGGUUGUCUACAAAGUAAUCGACCCCUCCAGACGGGCACCCCCGGGCAAGUGUCAGAUCCAGCCAGUCCAGGUGAAGGUGAGGAGCCGCCUCAUCCACUUUGUGCCCAAAGAAAAGUUCAUCCGGAGAGCAGAGAGCACAACGCAGCCCACAGUGCCUGCAACCACCAGGGCACCGCGCCGCCGCCGCCCCCGCCCCCGCCCCACAGCCCCUGCACCAGCGCCCACCCGGCGCCCAGCACGGCCCACCCGGCGCCCAGCACAGCCGACACAGCAACCUGGGGGCCGGAGGGCUAGUGGGCGGCAGCGGGGCCGGCAGGGCAAGGAGAGCCCCUCGCCCCCAAAUGGCGCGGUGCGCCUGGUGCGCCCCGCGGGCCUGAGCCCGGGUCGCGGCCGCGUGGAGGUGUUCGCCGGUGGACGUUGGGGCACUGUGUGCGACGACCGCUGGGACAUCAAGGCCGCCGCGGUGGUGUGCCGCCAGCUGGGCUUUCCGCAUGUGGUGCGGGCCACCAAGCGCGCUGAGUUCGGCGAGGGCCGCGCCCUCCCCAUUCUUUUGGACGACGUGCGCUGCGCGGGUGAUGAGAAGACCCUGCUGGAGUGCGGGCACGCCGGCCUGGGCAGGCACAACUGCGACCACCAGGAGGACGCCGGCGUUAUAUGCAGCCACGAGGACCCUGACCUGCCAGUGAGCUAGUUGGUCUGUCAGGCCUGGCCAUCGCCCUGUGCACCCUGGUGCGUGCGCAUGCGUCCCAGGGUGGAGGUGGCCGGGAGUUCGGAGCAGAAGGCGGCACGUCAGACCUGUGGACGGUGUUCUCUGUGUGUCCCCCUGCUCGUGUGUCCGCCAGGCAGGAAGCUGCGCGGGUGUUGGGGCCCUGGGCAGAAGGCAGCCUUUUCUUACCUCUGAGUGGCAGCAGGGACACAGUCCUGGCUUUGGGACCCUGAGUGCUGCGGGCAGCCACCCUUCAAGGACGACAUGGCCCCUGGCUGUGUUAACAGAGGCACAGCUGGUGGACUGAGGGAGAGGGACCAGGCCUGCCCUGCCCACCGCAGGAGUGCAAGGCCCUAGACCACCCGAGGAACGUGGCCCAAGAACAGAGAUGGGUGGCCCAGCGGCCAGAGGCGCUGAAGAGAACAGCAAGGCCUCCAGUGGGACACAGAGGCCAUCAGACCGAUGGGUCCAGGGUGACCCAUGGGCCACGGCUGAGGGUCAGGCUGCCUGGGCCCACGCAAGCGCCUGGGAAGAGCUGGCUGGGGGGAGGGAGAGCAGUCCUGGUGACCCCUGGGCGAAGCCCCCUGGUCAUCUUGGACAUUGGAUCCAUGUGGGUGCUCUGGAUGCAGGGGAAGGUACAGGGACACCCAACCCUAAGGCCUGACUCCACUCUGCUCCUCAGGACAGAAGUCAUCAGCCACUCCCAGUACCAGGGUCCCCUGGUGAGAGGGGACUUCAGGCUCCUCCACUGUCAAGGCUGUAUCAGGGCCUCUGGGGCCACCUGUGCCACCUCCAAGCCCAACCCCGCUCAGUAAAGUCCCAGGGAACCCUCCCGUUCCUCCAGCCCCACCCCCCAGGGCCCCCCAGGCUGUGGGCCCGGUGAGACUACUGAUGCUUUGUCCCCCGGGGCUGUGCCAACAAUGCUUCUGCU